GAUAAAAGCUGUACGCAUAAUGAAACGAGAGCAUAUGCAUGACGGAGCAAAAGACAAGUUAGAAUAUAGCGUUAUUUGCGCAAGCCUAUGAUCCUUUGUCGAUGGGGAUGCUUCUUCAUGGUAUCUGUGCCAACACCAAAUCCAUACAAGAAUGGCGUAAUGCACUUCAACAACUUAGCCUUCCCCCACUUGAUGAACUUGUAAGGAAUCCCCCUAACUACCAUCUGUGGAAGCGAAUGGUUCAGUCGGCAGUGAUUCAGGUGACUGAGGCCAGGCAGCACAACGCCCUCACCAAGAAGACAUCCUUGUCCUUAUGGACUAGAACACCUAAACCAAAGGCGAAGGAUCUGUACCCUGGGCACAUUUCCAAUCCAAGUCUGCGGUCAGCCAUCACCAUCCGUGCCCAGAUCUCCUGUCAAGUCUAUCUGACCCAAGUCCGGCUCGCCAAGAUUGGCAAAGCACCUGAUGAUUGCUGUCGUCUGUGCAUGUCAGCCUGCGAGGAUGUGGAACAUCUGGUUGCUACCUGUCCAGCCCUAGCACCUGUCCGACAGGACCUUAUCCAGCGGGUUAAAGCUAAUCCCAACACCAAGCAGUUCGGACCAUGCUUUGAAUCCACCCCUGCUCUUUUUGUAGAGUCGGUCCUUUUUUUACCUCCUGGGCGUAUUAGCUGCAACACAAAAGCCCAAUUACAUACGCUUAUUCUAUACUUCUUACGCAACCUCCACACAACUCGUCAAAACUUACUCAGUACUUCAUGAUUGCAACUUAGAGCCUUAAAUGAAUUGCGGCCCUUCCAACGGCGCCGUUGAUCUCCGACCUUAGCGGAGGAAGAACACAAGAGAGAUGACGGUCGAUCCAUGAAACGUUUUAAAUGACAAAGAAGCACCCCCUCAAUCUUCCAUUGCUUUGAAAAGUUUACAAUAGGGAUCUUUGCAUUUGACAACAGCCACACAAACCUGAAGGCAAAAGGGUGAAUGGAGAAGGACAGAAGGGGUGUGUUUACACAAAAGAAUGUUUUCAACACAUAAGGCUCAGUGUAACUAAAAGUUAAAAAUAGAAGUGUGAUAUUACUAUUGCUGACAAUAGGAAAUGUCGUAUUAAUGUAAUGUGACUUUAUCAUUACCAAUCGAGGCCCCGAUAGAGGACGUGAUGCGAGCCGGGUAUCCUAAAGAGGGACAUGCAAUUUAUUUUUGUUCAACUUGUGUAUAAAUAUUUCUAACGUGAUGCGGUAGCCUGAGCAAAGUAUCGGGCGUGUUGUGGAUGUAAGAGACCACUUGAAAACGCUCAAAAACCUCUUGGAGACACAACCUACUUCAUAUGUGUUUACUUGAACUGAAGGAACACAAGAAUAAGGUUAACCUCACUCCCAGAGAGAACGCCAGUGACACCUGUUGCAGACUCCCGCUUGCGGGUCGAUAAGGCCGAAUACACAGACAUCGAUCCGCUGAUUAAAAGAGAGGAUAACUGCAUUGGAAGACGUGAAGGCGCUAAAUCUACACUUCCCUGACAUGCGCAGUGUACCCAGUAACGUCAAGUUCUUGACAUAACGCUGAUUAGAAGAAAGAAUACAACACCGAGACUGAAUAAGAUUACUUUAGAGUGGACGAUGACGAACUGCUGCUAGACACAGUGAAGCGUUGUUCAUAUGUUAAAAUGAGAGUCGCGGGUUAAACCAUCAGAACAAGCAAUAUUCUUGAAGAUCACCACGAUGUUUUCGCAACACAAGAAGCAAACUCUGGCGAUACACCCUGAUGACCCCGUCUUCCGUGUCGCCUACCUGGGCAAAAUUGAAGUCUCCAACGCCAUAAAGCCGUCUGCUGUCGUCGAAGCCGUUCAUGCACUGUGGAAACGCGCUCACAAGAUCGGUCCGGAGAAGCUCCCGAGGGUUUCCAUCACCCUUGGUCCUCAUGGAAUUUUCAUGGAGGAUACGCGUCCAAACACGAACCAUCAAUAUCAGUUCAGCUUAGGCAAUAUAUCGUAUUGUAUGGCGAACAAAGGCUAUGGGUGCGUUUUCGCUUGGGUUGUGGCGGAGUCAGGGAGACGUCGAAGCAGCGCAGGUAACUUGCAGGUCAACGGAAGCAGCGGAACGGACCGGGAAACGGAUUCGAGAGGGGAAUCAGAAGAGAAAAAUCCGCGAUGCCACGUUGUUGUUUGCGACAGAGAGGACGUUGCUCGUGCCAUGGCGUUGCUGAUGACCGCGUACUUCAACUCCGCCUAUCGCGAUCACAAGUUUAAAGAAAAGCUGGAAACGCGGAAGCAGGAGACGCGAGAGAUGAUCAGCGAAUUAGAAAGCCGACUUCCAUCGAUAUCAUCAGAUGAUGACGUCUCCCCCGCCCCAUCGCGGUCCGAUUCCCGCCAGUCAUCUACGAGAUCCGAUAAGUCGGACAGCAGCGACAAGGUCAGUCCUAUUCACGCGAUGGUGGCCAAGGCAUUUGGGAUGUCGCCAAAGGCACUUUCUGAGACGGACUCAAUAGCAAUGCGGAACACCCAAGAAAAGCUCAGAACACUCAAGGUUGACCCAGAUAAAAUAAACGGGAGAGGAGAGCUUGAGACCAUGUUUAAUUGGGUUGGUAAAAGUGAUGCAUAUGCUCACAAUUAAGAACAUAUUUGGGGUAUUUUAACAAAAUUCAAUUACCUCUCCCUUCUACUUCUUCUCUUUCUUGAAGCUUUCCGUUACCUGAUAAAUCUCAAUAAAUCCAGCACCCGAAUGUUGUAUCGCAUCACUCGCCGCGCUAAUCUUGGAUAUUUGCAAGACAGAUGCUGAGUUCUGGUGUGUUACCCUAAAUCAAAAAAUUGAGACCGAGUCGAAUGGAUUUAACUAUUUACAUAAUAACGCUUUUAGUAUCAUAGUGGCUAUGCCUACCCUUCAAUAUUUUCGAUUCCUUUCGUUGGAUCGGCAUUAGAAAAGCCUGCAAUUAUAGAAUGCUGAUUUUAGUUACAUUAUGUACUAAAACAAUGCAAUUUGUAAGAGCCGUGUCGUCAAUAUGAAUAUACAUGACAAAUGAACAAUGCCACUAUGAAUAAAUUUGGAUGUGCUACAUGUCGAUAAAAACGAACAUGGUCCACAAAUGGAAUCUUGUGGGACUUCCAUUGUAAUUGUUUAGGAAAUUAUAAAAUGAUCCUAUUCGAACAAAUCGUCUGCCGUCGGAUCGAAAGGAAGAUUCAAACCACUGAACAAUGUUAUCAGAACAGCCGUUAGUUUUCAAUUAUAUGUAUAAGGUCAUGUCCAUUUGUGUUAAAUGAUUUUAUCAAAUCUUUGAUGACAAGUGAUUUCAUUUCCUUGUCAACAUUCAGUGAUUAUGGUUCAGUAGUCCCUAUCGGUUGUAACAUGAAGAGGACGAAAAGGUGAUUGGUUUUAAGAUACAAUAUUUCAUUUAAUCAUUUCGAGAAAUCACAUAUUUGUAAAUGAGCAGCUUAUUCUAUAUUAUUAUGGGUUAUUCCUAUAUGUCUUCAUAAUUAUUUGGAGUGGGCAUGCAUAUUACCCUUACCCUUACUUUUUACAGAUUUGUAGCCCCCGUCUUUUUUUCUUACAAUUGAUCUGUCGUUAAGCCAAGUUGAAGAGUCCACAAUUAUAAAAUAUUUUUGUUGUUUUACCUUUUUGAAAAGACUAUCUCCAGUUGGUUUUUCAUGAUUCAUGUUAAUAAUAAUAAUAAUUAACAUUAUUUGUAUAGCGCUUAUCACAAAGAAUGUCUCUAAGCGCUUAAGGAAAAUACAUAGGAAGACAAGAAAUUUCAGCUAAAAUCAAAUUUACAUGUUAACAGUUGAAAGUAGACAGUUGAAGCCGCAUAUGCUAAGGACGAUCUUUUUAACGAAAAGAUGAGUUUUUAACAUAGAUUUGAAUUUGUCAGUUGAGUCUGCUUGUUUUAUGCUCUGAGGAAGGUUGUUCCAAAGUUGAGGGGAUGCUGAACAAAAAGAUCGGGAACCAUAAGACUGGGUGUUGAUGGCAGGAACUUUUAAGAGUGAUUUUUUGCAUGAGCGCAAGUUGCGGGUUUUCAUUUUCUUUCAAAAUAAAUGCGGAUGUAACUAACUGUACGUUAAAUUUGUUUUCUGAAUUAAAAAUCUCAUUGUCAUCUAAAAAAAUUCAGAGUGUUUGGGAAUACCACGUGUAAUAUCUUAAGUACAUAGUAAUUAUUAAGUAAAGGUGUACUCCUUGCUGAUUUUUUUUUUAUGAAACCCUGAAAAUUACAACAAAGUCGAACAAGGAAUAACAAAGUUAUAACGUUUUAAAGUUCGGCAUUAUUUCGGUUAGACAGUUGUAGGGUUGCAAAGGGCUGGAAACUUUCCGGAAAUUUUGGAAAAUUUCCAUGGAAAGUUUUGGGAAUUUCAGCUGCCGGGAAUUUUCAUUUUAUCACAAAAAGUGAUAAAUUUUGUUUUUAAAUACAAAAUUAUAAAUUGAUGUCCUCAAAUAUUAAACUUCCAUUUGUAUUUAAACUACUCUUCAUUCUUUAAUUUGCCCAGGCAAAAUAUUUAUCAAACUGUUAUAGUACAUGUAUAUGUAUCCAGUAACAUGAUAAGGCAUUAUGUACAAAAUGAAGCUUUUCUUUUCAACAUGGGGGAGAAAAAACUUUGAA